GAAGCGGAAGGGGGAGUCUCGGUCCCCGGCGGGGCGAGGGUGGCAGGAGCAGGAGAUCGGGGGCGGAGAAGGGGGCCGAGGAUCCGACUUCGGGAAGAUCUUCGUGGAGAAAUAUUACUGAAGACAAAAACAUUUAGUAGUCUGUAAAUAAAGAAUGAAGCAAGAGAAGUACCUGGAGCAGUAGUGUCAAAAGUGGACUUUGCAGUUGAUAAAUUUGUUCAUCAUUUCUCACUGUGUUGGAAAACGAACAUAAGAUUAUGCACAAUGGGUCUACGAAUUCACUUUGUUGUUGACCCACAUGGUUGGUGCUGCAUGGGUUUGAUUGUCUUUGUCUGGUUAUUCAACUCUAUCCUAAUUCCUCAAAUUGUCCUUUAUCCUCACUAUGAAGAAGGACAUAUCUCUGCUUCAGCAAUACUGUUAUUUUAUGGCAUUGCUGUGUUUUGUCUGGUCGCCUUGGUGAGAGCUUCAAUAUCUGAUCCAGGAAGGCUCCCUGAAAACCCAAAGAUUCCCCAUGGAGAAAGGGAGCUCUGGGAAUUGUGUAACAAGUGUAAUUUGAUGAGACCAAAGCGUUCCCAUCACUGCAGUCGCUGUGGCCACUGUGUUAGGAGAAUGGACCACCAUUGCCCAUGGAUUAACAACUGUGUUGGGGAAGAUAAUCAUUGGCUGUUUCUGCAGUUGUGUUUCUACACAGAGCUACUUACGAGCUAUUCACUGAUGAUUUCUUUCUGCCACUAUUAUUACUUACUACCACUAAAAAGGCGUAAUUGGGAUCUCUUUCUGGUGAGACAUGAACUGGCCAUAAUGAGAAUAGCUGCCUUUAUGGGCUUAACUAUGCUAGGUGGAAUUAGUGGACUCUUUUACACUCAGCUGAUUGGCAUCAUCACUGAUACAACAUCUAUUGAAAAGAUGUCAAAUUGUUGUGAAGAAAUAUCCAGGCCGCGAAAGCCAUGGCAGCAGACCUUCUCAGAAGUUUUUGGCACUCGUUGGAAGAUCCUGUGGUUCAUUCCUUUCAGGCAAAGGCAACCACUGCGGGUUCCCUACCACUUUGCCAAUCACGUCUAAACAGAUGGAUGGUGGGCACAGAUGGGUCCUCCAUGCUGGAAGUGUGUUACAGGUUUUAUGAUAAUAGAACUAUGACAGUCUUCAAGUCAAUUAAAAUCCACCUACCAAUCUUAGGCAUCAUAAUGUGCCCCAGGCUUUAUUUUAAUAGUGAUCUUGAUCCUGUUGUGGGACUAAUUCAAGAUCUAUAUUUAAGUUUUAAAGUGUGUUUACUUUCAAAUUAGCUAUCCACUGGGAUUUCUGAAAGUCUUUUGUUGUUGAGUUCAAAAGGCAGUGACUGGGAUGAAAUAAUUGGAUAUAAUUUUCUUUAGUGCAGACAGAGUAUGUUGAUGAUUUUAUUUUGAGUGAAAUGUGACGUUUACUUAAAAUCUUCAGUUUCAAGCACAAUAGUCACCAAAUCUGAAUUUAAUUGUUUUUAGAUUUUUUUAUGUAGAAAUGCUAUUAUAUGAGCAUCUUUGCUGCUAAUCUAAUGAUAAAAUCUUUAAUGCCUUUUAUUUAUACUUCAAGAGAUUAGCAUUACAGCAUAUCACUGAAAAAAGGCAUAAUGUUUUAUUAGAAAACAGAUUUCUUUCUAGUGGCUUUUCUCCAUUAAGCACCUCUCUUUUACAAUCAAUCCUUAGCCAAAUUUACGGCUUCAUAAAAAUAUUCUUACUUCUAAAGUUAUCACUGCUCUGUUGAUAAAAGCUGUUAGAGCAAAGACAGAAAGGGAAAAAUGUAACUAAAAAGCAUGUUUCCAUAUUUUCCCUUGAAAUUUUCCUUAUAAUUUGUAAUCAUUCCAUAUAUACCUUUUAUGGUUCAAUAUAUUAAGAUGAAACAUUUUUAAAAUGCUAGUUUGGGCCAUUAAUAUGUAAUGUAAACUGUAGAGAAGAAUUCUGUACUCUCUAAGGAAGUAAACUUUUUAUUUUGUGUUUGCUCAUUCUAAUAGAAUUAGAGGCUCGUUUUGGAUAUUUAUAUUUAAUGGAUAUUAGGUGCAAAAAUACUUUGAAAGUAUUAUUCAUGUAUAACUUCUGUAUAUCUGCAGUUAAUCUAUAAAAUUCAGUUUUAAUUGGUUAAUUAAAUAAUCGCUUUGGGGUGUGAAGAUCAUUUGGUAGUUCAUGGGGUCCCCUAUUAAUAGCAGUGCUUAAAGUGAGAUGACAGCUUUAGGAUCCUUAGAGCUUAUUGAUCACCAAAUAGCAUUAACCUGUCUGCUUUUAUUAGCUAAAAUAUAUUUGUAGUGAUGGCCUCUAGGAAGUCAAAGUACAUUUGUGAGAAAAGAAUGUCUAAAAAGUAGUUCUGUUUUAAACAAUCAUUUAACAUUUAAUUGGAAAGGAUCACAAUAUUUCACUUAAGAAGAGGUUUGAUGGGAUCAUGUGUUCCUGACCUGCUCAUCUUGAAGUGUGUUAGUAUUUUGCCUUCAGUCUUAGAGUUCUGUCCUCUUGGAGAAAAUACUUGAGAAAUCAAGAAACACAGAAGUUUGCUGCAGUCUAAAUACCUGAAUGUAGUCAGUGUUUUUAGAUAUUGUGAGUUUUUAAAAUAUACUGAAACAGUAAAGUUGCUAUUGAAAUAUUGAAACUA